AAAGAGUCGAACGUUUCAUUUCACAAUUAGUUUAAAUUUCUGCUUAGCAAGCUCAUCUGGAGGCUGUAGACUGAAUUUGCCGGAUUGUGAUUUACUGCUGUCAACCAAGGACGUUGAUUCCUGUUAUAAGAAUCUUGAAGGCAAAAGAGUUGAGGUUGUUCAGCACCCUCCCAUUGGUUCAGAUUCUGCCCCAUUGGCGGUGGCGGUGGUUGGAAAAUGUUUAAGAGACUAGCCAAGCAAUUGACCCAAGAACUGGACCCAGAUGGGACGCUGAUUCCAAUGACUAGCCUGGCCCACAACGACAGCUUCCAGCCUCUUUCUCUGGUAACAAAAGAACCAUUCAGGUUAUUUGGUCACAGCCGGAAAUACUCCCCAACCUCUUUCAAACUGGCAGAUAUUCUCCAGGAAGAAACAACACUGGAAAUAGGACUGAAACAUGCUGAACCACUCCUGUUUUGUGCAAACUCCUGCCACAAGUCUGGGGCAAGGCUAAAAUUUAAGGUGCAGUCAACCCAAGUGGACAUUUCUGGUUUGGGCUCAGCUUGCACAUCAGCCUCUCCUGCACAUGUGAGGAAAACCUACGUGGACACCAAAGAACUGUGGGCAAUUGAGAUAUCUCACAGCAUUAUCCAGCAGCUCUCCCCUAAACUGGAUUUCUACAUUGUUACCGAGGUUUUUGAGAUAAUGGAAUCAUUACUAGUAGAAGAGAUCAUGCAAGGCGGAGGCAAAGGAGAGGUUACUGUGAGAGAUAUAUUUACAAUACAGGGCUUGAAUAAGAGAAUAAAACAGAAGUCCUUGCUCAUUCCUCAAGGCACAAUAAUGGCCUACAGGGUUGAGAAGCUCCAGUCUCAUGAAGAAGAGCCAGGUUGCUCCUUACAGUCCAAGCAGGAUCCCUUCCUCACUUAUGAUGCAUUCCAGGAUGAGCUGGGCUCUUCAUUAACAGCUAUCCAGAAGGUGAAAGAUGUUGUUAAAGAGGCGUAUGAGCCCCUCAUGCGCCUGAGCCAGCCUUUGAAGAGGCAUCUUCUGAAAUCCUUCAGGAUUUUCCUGGAAGAUAGUGAUGUUGCCUCCACUGUUCAGUCAGUGCUGGAACUUUCUAUGGUGGGAGAUGAUGUUGAUCGCUCUGUAUUGGAGCCAUUGAAUGAAGAACUCCGACCUAAAGUGGAAAAGUUUCUGUCACAUCUGGGGAUUUUCAAAGACACUGAGAAAGGAGAAAUCCAAGAUCUGUGGAGACCAAUCCACUUCUUUUGCUCUUCUAUAGAUGACUUGGACUAUGAGAUGCUGCCCUUGUUGGAGGCCAUUGUGGAGAAGAAUAACAUGGCCAAACAGCUAGAGAUGAUGGAUAGUGUUCUGAAGUGGAUUCUCUCUGGUGAUGAAGGCAGUGUUUUCACUAUCUCAUUCCAAUCCAUGACGGAUGAAGAAGCUGGCCUUGCUGCUGAGAUGCUGCAGAUGUGUGAGCUGGAUUUAGAAGUUGGGAAAGUCUCUGCUACUUGCCUGUGGAACAAUAAGGCACAUUCAGAACUGGGAGCUCUGUACUCCAGCUUGUAUGCUCUACAGAUCCUAAGAGGAUAAAGGAGGAAGCAAAACAGAUUCCCAAAAGAUGACACUUUUUCCUGCUGGACUGUGGAUUAAACUGUAAAAUCCAGUAUGGUGCUUACCGUAUCUAACCUCUUGGACCCAUUUUGAUUCAAAGUUGCUUCCUCCUUCCCCGUUAAAGGAAUGGAGUGAUCAGAAGACCACUGGAAGCAGGAAAUGGUUUGUUCUUCAUGGUAGACACUGAGAAACUUCAAAACAGUUUACCUCCUUGUUGCCUCCUAAUUGAUCAUGUUUGCCAUCUUCUACUUUAUCUUUGGGAGCGUCAUCUACUUAGUCCAGAUGUCAGGCCUAGAUGUCAAGUUGAAUUCUACAAUAAUCUUGUGAAGAAUUUUUGCAGGAAAUAGUUAUGGACAAAACUGUACCAAUUGCUAGAAGGGCUGCAUGUAUCAUCAUCAUUCAAAUGCAGAGGUUGCUGCGGACUUUAACAGGCAAUUGUGUUGGGGGGUAGAUAAUACAACUUGGCUUCUCCAGUGAGAAUGGAUGUAAAAUAUAUUAUUUUUUCAUCAUAUUGAAAAAUAGUUUGUUUUUGGUUUUUUCCUUACCAUUGACCCUAGUACAGAUAUUUGUUCAGGUUUGACCCUUUCCACUCUAAGCUCUGCAUUGCUCAACGGAAUUGUAAAAGAGAAAAAUCAUCUCCUUGAACUUCCAGGGCUUAAUGGUAUCCCAAAUCCUGUGUUAUUGUGAUUGUUAGCAGGGUAUCACAUUUUCUACCCAAACAGUAACUUUAUUGCACAAAGUAAAAGGAAUUAACCUAUUGGGUAAUGAAUAAUCCUAUAGCACCAGAAUGUCAUAAUCACUAAUCCAGUUGCAUCCUGCUACCAUAGUUUGCCUGUAUGGGUGCAAAACUACUAUUUUUCAACAGGUAGCAGUUAAUUUUACAAUAUUUUUAUCCUGAGAGUUUUCAGGAGAGAACAUUUUGAAUCUGUACUGAGGAAUGCAUAGGAGAAAGCCCAAGGGCGGGGG